GGAGAGAGUCCAAUUUCGUCAAAAAGACAAAAACUCUCCGAAAGGUCCAAAUGGCGAACAACAGAGAGAGAUAGAUCUGUAUCAUUAGUUUCUCCUCCUUGGUUGGCAUCAUCAAAAUCAUUAGAUAAAGCUGUAUUUGUUUGGCUUCUGUUGGUGUUUAGAGCUUAGCAGACAUGGAUGUUGGCAGCAGGGGUCAUAAUGGAAUCCAGCUUCUGUUAACAGCUGAGCAAGAAGCUCUGCAGAUUGUCAAUGCUGCCCGAAACUCAAAGUCAGCUAGACUUAAACAGGCCAAAGAAGAGGCUCAGAAGGAGGUGGCUGAAUUCCGUGCUCAAAUGGAAGCUGAUUUUCAGAGAAAGCUCACUGAGUCGAGUGGGGACUCAGGUGCUAACGUGAAGCGCCUUGACAAGGAAACAGAGGCAAAGAUUCAACACCUGAAGAUUGAAUCUAAUAGAAUUUCACAUGAUGUUAUCGAGAUGCUUCUGAAGCACGUCACCUCCGUAAGUUACUAAUCAAUUAAGGAUCUCUGAAGUAUGCAAGACGUUCUUAUCUACCCUCGCACUUGGCUGAAGCAUUCUUAUGGUUCUUUCUGUAUCUUUUAGUCUUUCUUCAAUAAAAAUUCGUUCUUUUUCCUCGUGUAACAUUGAUUGCUCGUUCUGGAUUGAGAUUACAAAUUCCCUUAGGACUAAA